CAUCGUUGAUACUCAUCUUGUGCUUUGAGUUUUGCUGAUAGUACCGUUCCAUCUCUAAGCCCCCCCUUUUCUACUACCCCAGCACAAUCGAAUUGUUUGUUUUGAUCAUCAAUAGACCUCGUAUAUUCGCAACAGCAAGAAAAGAAAGUACCAUGGCGAAGUGGACAGUCGAUAGAAAUUCGAAUCCUGGUUCCGUCCAUGACAAAAGCAACAAUGACGACAAAGCUACUGUCCUGCAGAGCGGUCCGUGGGCAGCAGCUAUCCAAGAAGCUACCUCCUACGCAUUUGUCGUCGAUGAUCCUUGCUGCGACCGCGACGUCGACUCGAAUAAAAGCGCCGGUGUUAGCAGAAGAAGCCACCGAAAGAAGAACAAUCUUGCUCUGGCCACCCCACUGGAGCGCGUAGAUUGCUCUCUCAAGUAUCUCGAUAGCCUGAGGGUAUUGUUGGAACAACAGGAUAAUUGGGAGUGGGUUCCAUAUCCGUGCAAUCCUCCUUCUUUCCAUCCGCUUCAAGAAAACAUUAUUGACGACCAAAACACGACAUUUUCGGCAUCAUUCAACAAGGAAAACAAGGAGGACGCCAGCCACAAUAGUCCUCAAAAAAUCACUUUUCAUUCAUCGAAAUCUUCCCCUCACAAAAACCAGAAGACAAAACAUUCAGUUACAAGUGGGAAUCUAUCUCUGAGCCAAGGAAAUAAUUGGGCCUAUUCCAGGAAUCGAUUCGCCGGCUUCGCUUCGGAUUCUGAUAGUGACAGAGACGAAGGAGACGACCCGGUAGAAGACCUCGAACCUUUGAACACACUCAUGGAUCAAGAUCUUUCUGCCGAAGCGAAUUCAUAUGAACCGUCUCACGAUCAGGAACAUCAGCAGCAACAGCCACUCGAAACGAUGGAUACCAUCCGUCUCCUCAUUCGAUUGAAAGCCUCCCAGUCGGAUUUGUACGCCAAAAAAGCCCGCCUCAUGGCAACCGCACGGUAUUGGUUGCCCGGCGCUGAAGCUCUUCACUCCUCCAGCGUGGUACUCACCCAGGGAUUGGAACUCGCCGAUGCUACCAUUUCCAAAACUCUCUCCCUAGCCACUAGUACCAGUACUUCUACUGUUGGCUCCAAGAACAAGAAGAAGAACGAUGUUCGCUUGCGCCAACUCGAACGCGACGCCGACAUUAUCUCGGUUUCAACUAGCUAUCUCAUCUACGAAAAGGAGCGAUACCUCAAGGUCGCCCACAGCCAGGCCCUGAAACUCGAGCACAUCCUCAGGCCUAUGUGGGAAAGACGCGACCAAGCACGGCAACGCAUGGGUCAAAGGUGGAACAAAAAUCCUAAUCCCUCGGGGUACUUUGCCAGGAUGCGGAAACAGUACGAGAUGGAACUGUAUGCCCUAGAGCAGGCCCUCAAGUCCCUUGAGGAAUCCCAAGCCAAUGCCUCCAGCCUGAUGGACGAGGCGGGCCGUCUCCGCAACAAGCUGCGAGAAAUCAAGUACGCACAGAAUCGGCACAACGGCAAGAAACGAAGGUCACGCCCGAAUAAUCCCGCCGAAGCCAUCGAAGACAACCUUCCCGUGCAGUACAUGUGGGCCUUUACGGGGAGCAUCGAUAGCGGGGAGGAUAGUGUCGAAUUCUACGAAAAGUGGGUCGACUCGGGAUCUCCCUCGUUGACCCGUGGGGCCACUGCCGAAAUUACUACCGGAGGCAUUGGUCCUCCAUCGAUAGGAAAUAAGGUGGAGCCAACCGACACGCAUGGUGUCGAAAACAGCGGUGUCGGGACAGAACAACAUAAAACGUGCGGCCAUCUCGUCCUCGUGCAGCUCGACGUUCAUGCCACAACCGGAGCGAUUCGGACGGUGGUGGAAUACCCAGCUGAUUACGACGACGACAGCGGAACUCUGAUACAGCCGACAUGGAAAAUGGAGCUAUUUUACUCAAGCACGAGCAUAGAUCUGGAACUCUACCGCCGCGUGCUAACAGAUCCGAUGUCGGUCCGUAACGGCGAUGGCAACAAAACGAUGGAAGAAACGCCGAAUGAUCCCGAUGGAAAAGAAAACAAAUGAAGCAUACUAUAACGAAAGACCUCAAAACGAGAUGCUUUUGUGUGAUGUGACUCAAACGAGAUUGUUUUGUGUUUAUGAAUAACAGAAUGCCCAUAGAUUCGAUGAUUCUGUAGGAACAAAAUGCGUUUACUUUUGUGUUUCCGAAGCAAACCGAUUCCAUAAAUAAUAUCGAAUAUAGUAUCUCGAAGAAGUUGUGGCGAUAUCCAAAGAGGAGUAUUGUAGAUUAGAGGUUGUAUCUUGGAAUAGGCUUCUCCUAUGCACUACAAGUGA